UAUCUGGUUGCCAUAGAACAAAAACCACUUGCAUUGGACUCUUUUAAAGUGAAGACAAUCGCGAACUGUCAGGAUGAGCAGCAGUCAUCAAUACUUGAAAGCCUCAAGUUCAACAAAUGUAACCUGCUGCCCUGGGGAUGUAGAGCACCAAACUCAACUAUCUGAGAAUUUGGCCUCACUGUUACUGAGUCAGGAAUAUUCUGAUAUCGUUCUAGUGGUUGAAGGGCAGAAACUCCAUGCCCAUAAGGUUAUUUUGGCGGCUCGCAGCGAUUAUUUUCGAGCGCUCCUCUACGGUGGCUUAAGGGAGUCAAAUCAGGAUGAAAUUGAACUGCCCAAUGCCCCACUGAACGCCUUUAAGGUGCUUCUAAAGUACAUUUAUACAGGACAUAUGUUCUUGAUGACCAUGAAGGAGGAAGUCAUUCUGGACAUCCUCGGCUUGGCGCACCAGUAUGGUUUUGAGGAUCUGGAGAGAGCGAUUUCUGACGUUCUAGUUCUACUGUUGUGUAUGAGGAACGUGUGUGCCCUUUUAGACACAGCUCGCCGUCCGACUGCCCCUAAUGAGCGUCGCUGAUUUGUUAUCAGUGGUCCGGCCUGCCGGGCUGGUCAAACCGGAUGCUCUUCUCGACGCCAUAGCGGAACGCACUAAAGUCUCAGCCGUAUCUGAUUCUGGCUGGAAUUGUCUGCGACACAGAGGAGUGUUGCUGUACGACGAAAACAUUGCCACUGCAAAGGAUUCUGGCUACACCUGCCACCAGUUGGGAUCCGGAGCUAUUCUAAUCCAGCUCACCAUUUACCGAAACGGCGACCGAGGCUGAAGAGGUUGCAGGCAUUACACAGCAGGAUUAGUCAGCAAUCUAGUUUGUUCUAAGGUAGCUGUUUUGUCACAGUGAUACUUAAACGCGCGCAAAUUAAUAGUUUUCGGCUUGGUUUUUCCAUUUAGUAAUCACUGUGCAACGCAGGGGCUGAAUAUAUGAGGGGCCCCAAUCCUCACAAUUACCGGUUUGUAUUGCAUUUUUAUUGUAGGGAAUCAUUAAGGGGAAUUUAACGACCAAUAGAAAAACAUUCAUUGAA